AGUAGCACAGAAUCAUUUAGGAGAUGCUAAUAACUCAUUGUCAUCAGUCAAUGUCGCAGAUGUUGAAGAUAACAUCUCGUUGUUAGCAAUUAUUUUAAUUCUAAGCCGAUUGUAGUGCAUUGCCAUGUCGUCGCAUGCUAGGAAUCAAUAUAUAACUGGCCUCUGUGCGAAUAUCAUUUCCAUAUCGUAUGGAGCAUUUGUUGGUUGGGCUUCGGCUAGUUUUGUAGAGCUACAAAAAGCCGAUGCAACUGGUUCUGAGCCUCUUAUUGGCGACGAUGCCGGCUGGAUUGGAUCCAUGCUUUGUGUGGGAGGUUCUCUUGGUACAAUAUUCUUCUCCUGGUGUGCCGAUAAAAUUGGUAGAAAACGUUGCCUGCUGCUUCUAGCAUUACCUGCUUUGUUGGGAUGGCUGAUUGUUCCAUUUGCCAAGACGCCUAUGCACUUGGCGUUGUCUAGGUUAAUGGGUGGCUUUUCUGGAGGGGGUACAUUCUCUAUAAUCCCUAUAUAUACUGCUGAAAUAUCAGACGACAACGUUCGUGGCACUGUGGGUACUUUUUUGGUACUUUUCUGUAACGUUGGAGUGUUGGCGGCAUUUAUUUUGGGCACUUAUUUGCCAUGCAGGAUUGUUGCGUGGAUUCUCUCUACACUGCCUCUAGCAUAUCUAUGUGGAGUCAUAUUUGUUCCAGAAAGUCCUCAAUAUUUGGCAAGCAAAAACGAUGUAAAGGCAGCUGAAAAGUCCUUAUGUUUCUUUAGAAAUAUUUCCUAUAAAAAAUCCGGGACAAAUCCCCAAAUUAAGCUGGAGCUAGAGAAUUUGAUGGAGAAAACGGGGGAUAAAUCGGCGGAGAAAAGUGAAACCAGUGUCAGCCUUAAGGAUUUUGCCGAACCGAAGGCAAGAAAGGCUCUUUGUAUCGGCAUGGGUUUAAUGGCUGUCAAUCAACUCUGCGGAUGUUUCGUUAUGCUCAACUACACGGCCACCAUUUUCAAAAACUCCGGAUCCACUUUGCCGCCGAACCAAUCAGCGAUUAUAGUGGGAGUCAUACAACUUGUGGGUACCUAUGCAUCAACGCUUUUAGUAGAAAGAGCCGGAAGAAAAAGUUUGCUCAUAAUAUCCGUAAUUGGGACUGGAACUGGCCUUUUAUGCCUGGGCUUAUUCAUGUGUUUCGGUGAUCCCCUUUCUGGAUCUUGGAUACCCGUGGCUUCCUUCUCAUUCAUCAUUUUCAUUGGAUGCUGGGGUGUUAUAACACUUCCCUUCCUUGUGGUAGCUGAAAUAAUGCCGCCCAAGAUUCGUAAUCUGGGAUGUAUGAUUUGUAUGCUAUGUCUUUGGCUUUACUCAUUCUUUCUUUUAAAAUACAUGGGACUCUUUUCCGAAUUGAUCGGCAUGCAUGGAGUUAUGUUCUUUUUUUCAACGUGUAGUUUUAUUGGAGCUAUAUUCAUUGGAAUUUGUGUUCCUGAAACUAAAGGCAAACCCAUCGAAGAGAUAUUACGGAGAUUAUAGGUGUAUCACAUGAAGGGGGUUAAGAUGUCUGUGAAUCCGAAGUGCUAAAUAGUAUCGAUGCCAUUUGAAUAGUUCAGUCGAUAUUAAAUCUAGAUAUUCUUAAAAAAUGUGGUCAUCCAGUGAGCUCUUUACAUAAAAAUAAAUUGAUAAAAAUUAAAAGUAUAUCCCCUGUAAAGGUAUUUGUAACAAAAUACAUAUGUACCCUCGCCCUAUUAUUUAUAA